CUCAGGUGGGGAUAAUCGAUAGUCUGACGUGCAGUGCGUGCUGGAUGACGUCAUCACGUCAGCUGACUGCGCCAGUGCGCCUGCGCAGAUAAAACAGGAAGUGCUCUAGUUCUGCUUCAGUUAGCAUGUUUAUGAAGAAAGGAGCAAAACAAGUUUGACUGCAUUCAGUUCCCGUCCUAGCCAUGGUGUGCUGUCAGCCCUGCACCAGGCUGUGCUCCCGCUCCUCGGCCUACACUCUGGCCCUCGGCCUGGGCUUUGUAACGCUGGGGACCAGUCGCAUCCUGCUGCUCAAAUUCUCUGAAAACGCUGAGAACAAGUAUGACUUCCUCCCUGCAUCCGUCAAUAUACUCGCCGAGGCGCUCAAACUGCUCUUCUGUCUGGCUAUGUCAGUUCGGGUCAUAGUCCGAGAGGGACGAUCAUGCAGAGAUCUGAGCUGUACUUCCAGCACGUCCUUCCUCAAUUCCCUGAAGUGGGCUGUCCCUGCUUUCCUCUACUUCCUCGACAACCUCAUCAUCUUCUAUGUGAUGACUUACCUGCAGCCUGCCAUGGCAGUAUUGUUCUCCAACUUUGUCAUCCUGACCACAGCUGUACUCUUCAGACUUGUUCUGAAGAGGCGUCUGUCCUGGGUUCAGUGGGCAGCGUUAUUUGUCCUCUUCUUGUCCAUUGUUUCCUUGACGACGGGAUCAGGGGGACACCAAAACUCCAUAGCUGUGCCAGGUCUCCACUCGAACCCCCUCUCCACCCCCUCCAACUCCUGCCUGCUCUACACACAGCUGCUGGAGCAGAUGAGGGACAGCAGUGCCACUGAGUCGUGGGUGUCCUCCCUGCCCGGGCAGGCCUGGAGGGACAAGGUAGUGGAGAAGCUUCGAUCUCUGGGUGUGGGUCACAUCCUGCUCCUCAUCCAGUGCUUCAUCUCCGCCAUGGCCAACAUCUACAACGAGAAGAUCCUCAAAGAUGGAGACCAGCUUACAGAGAGCAUCUUCAUCCAGAACAGUAAACUGUAUGCCUUUGGUGUGGUGUUUAACGGUCUGACCCUCGGGCUCGGCAGUGAGGCGCGAGGCCUCACAGUGCACUGUGGUCUCCUCCAUGGACAUAAUGUCUACUCCCUGUGUCUAGUGCUGGUCACUGCUGCCCUGGGUUUAUCUGUGGCCUUCAUCUUGAAAUUCAGAGACAACAUGUUCCACGUGCUGACAGGUCAGAUCACCACCGUUCUGAUUACCGCCCUCUCCCUCUUCCUCUUCGACUUCCGCCCUUCGCUGGACUUCUUCCUCCAGGCUCCCACGGUCCUGCUGGCCAUCUUUAUCUACAACGCCAGCCGGCCCAAGGACCUGGAAUACAGCCUGCAGCAGGAAAAACUGCGGGUCAUCAACGGAGAGGUGUUCGAGAGGUCCAGAGGGGACGGCGAGGAGCUGGAGCUCCUGACAAAGCCCAACACAGACAGUGAAUCUGAGGAGGAGUCAUUUUAGUACUCACUUAUUGCUAUCUCUUACAAGACAGAAGAGUUUCUUCUUGCACUGCUGCUAAAAUAAAGCAGCAGUAUAGACUUGUACUCGUGGACGCAUGAUGGUCGCAGAUUCUAUCUGUGAAUGACGGUGUUGGUGGAUCAUGUGAUGAACUCUUUCAGACACUUAAAUAAGUUGUGUAUAUUUUGAAAAUGUGCCUGUCUGUAUAUGAGUGUUGUCAUUGAAGUAGUGGAAGAAACAUCAGUGUUUGUGCUGGGAAAUAAUAGUCACUGUAUUUGACAUUUGGUAUCAUUGAGGCUUUCUGUUAUAUGGAUAGUUUAUUUCUUCUAAAGAUUCCUGUCGUAUGUGCAGCUAUUUGUCCGCUUGCAGAUGAUUGAUGGGUUUGAUGACCAGCAGCCACUUUUCAGACAGUUUUAUGAUUGUAUAGGGCUUUAUCCCGUGUUUGGUUGUUGUUGGCACAGUGUUAAAGUCAAUCUAUAGUCAAUAUUUAAACAAUGUGGUAAACUGAAGCACAAACUAUGGCUUCAAAAAUACAUUACAGGCAGAAAUGUACGUGCACAACAGGCCUGACUGUCGGUUUCCAUUUCAGUCUACAAGGCUUUCUAUUUUUUCUGCUCACUCAGUGUAUUUUCUUAAACAUGAACCAGAACCAUUAACAGCAUUUACAGAAUGUACCAGUUAGUAUGUCUGGAUUUCUGAAAGCACAACAAAGUGGCUCGUGGUUCCCUCUAACUUGGCCUUGAACUUUCCUUUUUUUGCCAAAUGGUGGAGUGUUUAUGUAGUACUACUGUGAAAUAUAUUUCUUUUAAGACUUCUCUUGUGCCAUACAAUUUGAACACGUAUGAAUGCCAGUUGUUCUGAAAUAAACUGCAAGUAAACUGC